AUGAUGUUACUGGAUCUCACGAGGAGCCCUAGGAAAGAAGGAGUCACCUCCUCUGCUGCAGAUAAGUUCACCAGCAUGAUUAGUUCACAGAGAUCAAGGACCAGACCCAUCAACUGUUCAGAGGAUACAGAGAGGACCAGACGCAUCAACUGUUUAGAGGACAGAGAGGACCAGACGCAUCAACUGUUCAGAGGACAGAGAGGACCAGACGCAUCAACUGUUCAGAGGACACAGAGAGGACCAGACGCAUCAACUGUUCAGAGGACAGAGAGGACCAGACCCAUCAACUGUUCAGAGGACACAGAGAGGACCAGACCCAUCAACUGUUCAGAGGACAGAGAGGACCAGACACAUCAACUGUUCAGAGGACAGAGAGGACCAGACCCAUCAACUGUUCAGAGGACAGAGAGGACCAGACGCAUCAACUGUUCAGAGGACACAGAGAGGACCAGACGCAUCAACUGUUCAGAGGACACAGAGAGGACCAGACGUAUCAACUGUUCAGAGGACACAGAGAGGACCAGACGCAUCAACUGUUCAGAGGACAGAGAGGACCAGACGCAUCAACUGUUCAGAGGACACAGAGAGGACCAGACCCAUCAACUGUUCAGAGGACACAGAGGACUAGACCCAACUACUGUUCAGAGGACACAGAGAGGAUCAGACCCAUCAACUGUUCACAGAACACAAACAGGACCAGACCCAUCAACUGUUCAGAGGCUACAGAGAGGACCAGACACAUCAACUGUUCAGAGGAUACAGAAAGGACCAGACCCAUCAACUGUUCAGAGGACAGAGAGGACCAGACACAUCAACUGUUCACAGAACACAAACAGGACCAGACCCAUCAACUGUUCAGAGGACACAGAGAGGACCAGACCAAUCUACUGUUCAGAGGACACUGAGAGGACCAGACCUAUCAACUGUUCAGAGGAUACAGAGAGGACCAGACCCAUCAACUGUUCAGAGGACAGAGGACUAGACCCAACUACUGUUCAGAGGACACAGAGAGGACCAGACCCAUCUACUGUUCAGAGGAUACAGAGAGGACCAGACCCAUCAACUGUUCAGAGGACACAGAGACGACCAGACCUAUCAACUGUUCAGAGGAUAGAGAGGACCAGACCCAUCAACUGUUCAGAGGACACUGAGAGGACCAGGCCUAUCAACUGUUCAUAGGAUACAGAGAGGACCAGACCCAUCUACUGUUCAGAGGAUACAGAGAGGACCAGACCCAUCUACUGUUCAGAGGACAAAGAGGACCAGACCCAUCUACUGUUCAGAGGACAAAGAGGACCAGACCCAUCAACUGUUCAGAGGACACUGAGAGGACCAGACCCAUCUACUGUUCAGAGGACACAGAGAGGACCAGACCAUCAACUGUUCAGAGAAAAAAGAGAGAACCAGACCAUCAACUGUUCACAGAACACAAACAGGACCAGACACAUCAACUGUUCAGAGGACACAGAGAGGACCGACCCAUCCACUGUUCAGAGAAAAAAGAGAGAACCAGACCAUCAACUGUUCACAGAACACAAACAGGACCAGACACAUCAACUGUUCAGAGGACACAGACAGGACCAGACCCAACUACUGUUUAGAGGACACAGAGAGGACCAGACCCAUCAACUGUUCAGAGGACACUGAGAGGACCAGGCCUUUAUAGGCAUAAACUGUAAAGAAGCCGCUGCUGGGGAACAAGCAUAAUAGAAUUGCUUGGCAUGAGAAGUGCAAGUAAUGGACAUAUAGACCAGUGGAAGUCUGUACUUCAGUCAGAGGAGACAACAUGUAAGAAUAUUUUACCAAUUUGGAUUGGGAUGAGUUGGACGACAGAGAGAAGAAAAAGCAGCAACGCAUACAAUAUCAAUCUACAAUGUAAAACAUGAAAAACAAGAAAAACCAUUAAAUGAAAAGUGAGAACCCCAAGAGCCCCAUCGAUCGUGCACAGCUCUUUGUCAUUCUCGGCAUUUCAGUGGUUAUGCGGAGUUGUCUGCCAGUAGUACACGCACAGGUACUUCCCGCCUUAACUUCUCUGGCAAAUUACAGUACAGCACACACUUCUCUUUUCAAUGCCAGGAAACAGUGCUUGUAAAACUGCACUGAACAGGCUGCCAUGUGCUGACCUUUUGAUUUACACAGUACACUCAUAUAGAAACUUCUGUACU